AUGGGAAGGGGAGAACCGGGGGUGAGGAGGAAAACGGGGAACACCGGGAGAACCAGGGGACACCGCAGCCGCUCCUGGUCGUUCAUCCCUGUCCUGGAUCUCAUCCGCACGUUUGUUGUUAGCAACGGCCAAGAUGGCGGCAGGAGCGGCCUGGGCCCCCCCACGGGCGGCGCGGCGCUCCCGGCACGGCUCCGCUCCUUCCCGGCCGUGUACCUGAGCCUGGCGCUCUCCUCGCUGCUGCUGCUGGGCCUCAGCGCCCUGGCGCUGGCCAGAGUUUCCUCCAUUUCCUCCAAACUCCACCAGGAGAGUCCAGAGUGGAAUUUUUCCAGCUGGGAUUCCUUCCUGUUCCCGUGCGGGGCGGAUUCCCGGGAAUGGGAAUAUUUUUCUGGGAAUUGUUAUUAUUUCUCGCUGGCGCGGCUGAGCUGGGAGCGGGCGCGGGAGCAGUGCCGGGAGCGCCGCGCCCGCCUGGCCGUGGUCGGCAGCUUCGCCGAGCAGCAGUUCCUGAUGUCCCGCACGCGGAACGAGCGUUUCUGGAUCGGGCUCACCGACCGGAAUUCUGAGGGAAACUGGGAAUGGGUCGACGGCACCGACUACAAAUCCUCCUUCACGUUUUGGCGUGAGGGGGAGCCCAACGACAGCGGGAGUAACGAGGAUUGCGCUCACCUCUGGAUCUCCGGGAAGUGGAACGACGUCCACUGCACCUUCGAGUGCUUCUUCGUCUGCGAGCGCCCCCUUUCCCAAAAAUCCCCUUUUUCCCACUAAAAUCCGGGAUCUCCCUUCCCAGUUUUCCUGAUUCCCCCCACUCCGUGGGGCUGCGACGUGAAAUUCCCCAAAAAAAACCGGGAAUUUUCUGUGGAAUAAAAGGAGAUUCCUGCUCUGGUU